AUGUCGCCGGAGAAAGUUAUAGAUUUGAAUGAACCAGGAAAGGCUGAAGAAGGUUUUGCUUGUGCUGAUACUGCAAAUGUAAUCAAGAAGUUCUUUUCGACUCGUGAUCCAAAGCCACCGUGUAUACCUGUAGAGGUCCCAGCUACACUACCCUCAUGGUUGACUGAGGAAGAUAUUCAGUACUAUGCCGCAAAAUAUAACAAGAAAGGUUUCACUGGAGGAUUGAACUACUAUGGAGCUUUAGAUCUAAGGUGGGAGCUGACAGGGGCAUGGAUUGGUUUACAAAUACAAGUGCCAGUUAAAUUCAUUGUGGGUGACCUCGACAUUACCUAUAACAUACCUGGCAUCAAGGAUUAUAUACACAAAGGAGACUUCAAGAGAGAUGUGCCCAACUUGGAGGUAGUCGUAAUAGAAGGAGUCGCUCACUUUCUCAACCAGGAAAAGCCAGAAGAAGUCAACGCCCACAUUUAUGAGUUCAUACAGAAGUUUUAA